AACACCUUCCUUCGGUCUCUGUUUGUUUGUCUUGGCAGAAAAGAAAAUAAAAGAGCAGAGAAGAAAGAAAACACGGAUAAUGUCGGAAUCAUCGUCUUCGCCGUCGGUUCCUACAGUGAAAUCCGAUGCGGAGGUAGAAGAAAUGCUGGAUCGGAUGCUCACCCGUUUGGCUCUCUGUGACGACUCCAAACUCGAGACCUUGCUCUCCAAACUUCUUCCCCUCUCUAUUUCCUCUCUUUCUUCUCACUCUCCGGCGGUCAGAAAGAAGGUUAUUGAGAUCCUGAGUCAUGUGAACAAGAGAGUGAAACACCAGCCAGAGAUUGGUUUGCCGUUAUCGGAGUUAUGGAAGUUGUAUGUGGAAGCAAAUGCUGCUCCUAUGGUUAAGAACUUUUGCAUAGUAUAUAUAGAAAUGGCAUUUGAACGACUAAAUGUAGAGGAGAAGGAAAAUAUGGCACCCAUACUUGUAUCUAAUAUUUCGAAGCUUCCUCCUCAGCACCAGGAGAUAGUCUUGAGAAUCACUGCAAAGGUGAUUGGUGAAUGUCAUUCAACUCAAAUUAAUGAUGAAGUUGCUGCAAAGUACAGGGCAAUUAGUGGUUCUGAGGACACAAAGAUAUUUCUUGAAUUUUGCCUUCACACAGUUUUAUAUCAACCACCAUCUCAAGGUGGAGGAUGCGCACCUGGGCUUUCAAUUACUCAAAGUAACCGUGUCACUGGCAAAGAUCCGUUGAAAAAUGAUUUGCUUAUAAUUAGAAAGUUAGGGAUCUUGAAUGUCAUUGAUGCUAUGGAGCUGGCGCCUGAACUUGUAUAUCCUAUCUAUGUAUCUGCUUGUGCAGACUGGCAAGAGCCUGUUGUUAAGAGAGGGGAAGAGCUUUUGAAAAAGAAGGCUUCUGGUGCGAAUUUAGAGGAUGCAAACAUGAUGAACGAACUGUUUUUACUAUUUAAUGGUACUGCUGGAGCUGAACAUAUUGCACCAGAAUCUAGAGUGAGUCCUGGGAAUCCUGUUCUGAGAGUGAAGCUGAUGUCUAUUUUCUGCCGGUCAAUCACAGCAGCAAAUAGUUUCCCCUCAACUUUGCAGUGCAUCUUUGGUUGCAUAUAUGGAAUUGGUACCACCUCAAGGUUGAAGCAGGCGGGAAUGGAAUUCACUGUUUGGGUUUUCAAGCAUGCGAAAGUGGAACAGCUGAAGCUUAUGGGCCCUGUUAUACUAACUGCAAUUCUGAAGUCUCUUGAUCGUUAUUCUACUUUGGACUCAGAUGCUAUCGCUAGGGACACUAAAACCUUUGCCUUUCAAGCAAUUGGAUUGCUUGCACAAAGAAUGCCUCAACUUUUUAGAGAUAAGAUUGACAUGGCUGUUCGGCUUUUCAAUGCUCUGAAAUUGGAGGCUCAGUUUCUUCGUCUAACUAUCCAAGAAGCGACCAAUUCCCUUGCUGUUGCAUACAGGGGUGCACCCACAACAGUCUUAAAGGAUUUGGAGACACUUUUGCUGAAAAAUACUCAAGUGGAACAAAGUGAAGUACGUUUCUCUGCUGUGAGAUGGGCAACAUCAUUGUUUGACUUGCAGCAUUGUCCAAGCCGAUUUAUUUGUAUGCUUGGGGCAGCAGAUUCCAAGUUGGAUAUACGGGAAAUGGCACUUGAAGGUUUGUUUCUGGGUAAAGAUCAAAGGAGAACUAUUAACGACCAUUUCGAUAUUAAGUACCCUAAGAUUGGAGACAUGCUGAAUUAUAUUCUUAGACAGCAACCGGCAUUGUUAGAUCCCACUGAGAUGAGGGAAAUGAAGCUUCUUUUCCCAUCACAAACAUAUGUGGCUAUGAUCAAAUUUUUGUUGAAGUGCUUUGAGGCAGACAUGGAGCAAAAAACCUCGGUAGAAAAAGCCUCUGAAUUUUGGCUUUCAGUGGAAAAUACGUGUUUGCUGCUAGAACAUGCUAUGGCGUAUGAAGGCUCUGUUGAGUUGCAUGCUAAUGCCUCCAAUGCUUUAAUCGCAAUUGGAGCUAAAAUACCAGAGAUGCUACCAUCACGCUAUGCUGUGAAAAUUUCAUGGCUAAAGCAAUUACUAAGUCAUGUGGACUACAACACUCGUGAAUCUGUAGCACGCUUACUUGGAAUUGCUUCCCAUGCUCUUCCUAUAUCUGCUUCGUCUGAUCUUAUAAGCGAACUAAUUUCCUCAUUUGGUGUUCAAUGGAUCAGGUUUGAAGCACAUCAUGGACUUUUAUCGGCCUUAGGAUAUGUUACUGCAGAUUGCAUGUCUAGAACACCUACUAUUUCAGAAUCAUUGCUUCAGCGUGCACUUAAAUGCCUGGUUGAUGUUGUUAACUCUGAAACUGCUACAUUGGCUUCUGUGGCAAUGCAAGCACUGGGUCAUAUAGGAUUGCAUGUUCCCCUGCCUCCGCUUCUUGAUGACUCUAGCUCUGUUUCCAUUUUGACAGUCAUGCAAGGAAAGUUGAGCAAGAUAUUUUCAGGUGAUGAUAUUAAAGCAAUCCAGAAAACUGCUAUCUCUUUGGGGCAUAUGCUGGCAAAGGAAUCAUCCUCUUCAAAUCUAAAUAUUGCCCUCGAUUUGAUUUUCAGUCUUUGCCGAUCGAAGGUCGAGGAUAUCCUCUUUGCUGCAGGGGAGGCUCUUUCAUUUUUGUGGGGAGGUGUUCCUGUGACUCCUGAUACAAUUCUUAAAACUAACUAUACUUCACUUUCCAUGAGUUCAAACUUUCUUAUGGGAGACAUAUCUGUUCCUUUGUCGAGAUAUAGCUCUGUAGAGUCCGAAGCUACUGAAGAUUGCCAUAUAAUGGUUAGAGAUGUGAUUACUAGAAAGCUUUUUGAUGUUCUUUUGUAUAGUAACAGAAAAGAGGAGCGUUGUGCUGGAACUGUUUGGCUUCUAUCUCUAACAAUGUACUGUGGUCAUCACCCAGCCAUACAACAACUGCUUCCAGAGAUCCAGGAAGCAUUUUCGCACCUACUAGGCGAGCAGAAUGAACUUACACAGGAGCUGGCAUCCCAAGGCCUAAGUAUUGUAUAUGAACUUGGCGAUGAAACAAUGAAGAAGAACUUAUUAAAUGCACUUGUUGGAACCUUGACUGGUUCAGGGAAGAGGAAGCGCGCUGUCAAACUUGUUGAAGACUCUGAAGUGUUUCAAGAGGGUACUAUUGGUGGAACUCUCAAUGGAGGGAAACUUAGCACUUACAAGGAACUCUGCAAUAUGGCUAAUGAGAUGGGGCAGCCAGACUUAAUUUAUAAGUUCAUGGACUUGGCUAAUUAUCAGGUUUCUUUAAAUUCCAAGAGGGGUGCUGCUUUUGGGUUUUCGAAGAUAGCCAAGCAAGCAGGGGAUGCUCUAAAACAGCACCUACGGUUAUUGAUUCCAAGGCUUGUUCGUUACCAAUAUGAUCCUGAUAAAAAUGUGCAGGAUGCAAUGACACAUAUCUGGAAAUCUUUGGUGGCAGACUCAAAGAAAACCAUUGAUGAAAACUAUGACCUUAUUAUUGAUGACCUUUUGAUGCAAUGCGGUUCAAGGCUUUGGCGUUCACGUGAGGCUUCUUGUCUCGCUCUUGCAGAUAUCAUCCAAGGACGGAAAUUCUAUCAGGUCGGGAAACAUUUGAAAAAAAUAUGGAUAGCUGCAUUCCGUGCAAUGGAUGACAUAAAAGAGACUGUUCGAAAUUCUGGUGACAAGUUAUGCCGUGCUGUUACUUCAUUGACGACAAGGCUAUGUGAUGUCUCUCUGACAGAAAUAUCAGAUGCAAAACAAGCAAUGGAUACUGUUUUGCCUUUUUUACUAACAGAAGGAAUAAUGAAUAGAGUGGACAAUAUUCGCAAAGCAUCAAUUGCAAUGGUUAUGAAGCUUGCAAAGAGCGCAGGGGUUGCAAUUCGUCCACAUUUAUCUGAUCUAGUUUGUUGCAUGUUGGAAAGUCUAUCAAGCCUUGAGGAUCAAGGCCUUAAUUAUGUUGAGUUGCAUGCAGCGAAUGCUGGUAUACAAAUGGAGAAACUUGAAAAUUUGCGUAUUUCAAUUGCAAAAGGCUCUCCAAUGUGGGAAACUCUUGACCUAUGCAUAGAGGCUGUGGAUACCCAGUCAUUAGAAUUGUUGGUUCCUCGUCUUGCGCAGUUGGUUCGAUCUGGAGUUGGCCUAAACACUAGGGUCGGCUUGGCAAACUUUAUUAGAUUAUUAGUUCAAAAAGUUCAUGUCGAUAUCAAACCAUUUACUUCCUUGCUACUGAAAAUUUUGUUUCCGGUUGUUAAAGAGGAAAAAAGUGCUGCCGCAAAACGUGCCUUUGCAAAUGCUUGUGCAACAAUUUUAAAGUAUGCAGCUCUUUCUCAAGCCCAGAAGUUAAUUGAAGAUACUGCAGUUUUGCAUACUGGUGACAGGAAUGAUCAGAUUUCGUGUGCAAUUCUAUUGAAAAGCUAUUCUUCAAUUGCCACAGAUAUACUGAGUGGAUUUCAUGCUGCUAUCAUUCCUGUUAUUUUUGUUUCAAGAUUUGAGGAUGACAAGAACGUUUCUAGUCUGUUUGAGGAAUUGUGGGAAGAAAAUAUGAGCAGUGAAAGGGUCACCCUUCAAUUGUAUUUGGGAGAAAUUACUUCGCUUAUUUGUGAGGGCCUUGUGUCAUCAUCAUGGGCAAGUAAAAAAAUGUCAGCCCAGGCAAUUAGUAAGCUUAGUGAAGUCUUGGGUGAAUCUUUAUCUCCGUAUAGUGACGAUCUGCUUAAAUCUCUCAUGAAGGAAGUUCCUGGUCGUUUAUGGGAGGGAAAAGAUGCUUUAUUAUAUGCAUUAGCUGCUCUUUGUUCGUCUUGCCAUAAAGAAAUUGCUUCUAGGGACUCCAACACACCAAAUUCCAUUUUGAAUAUGAUAUCUUCUGCAUGCACAAAGAAGGUCAAGAUAUAUCGUGAAGCAGCUCUUUGCUGUCUAGAGAAGGUUGUUAAAGCCUUCAAUAAUCCGGACUUCUUUAAUAUGGUUUUUCCAUUAUUAUUUGAGAUGUGCAAUUCGACCAUUCUAAUCACGUCUACUCAAGGACCUUUGGCUACUGAUGCUGUAAAGGCAGAAGCAGAUGAGAUAGAAGGUUGUUCUGCUCCACAUGAUAAAAUUGUUGAUUGCAUGACAUCUUGCAUCCAUGUGGCACGUGUAAGUGAUAUUCUUGAACAGCAGAAGAACUUGCUGCAUGUGUUUUUACUUUCUCUGUCAGGCGGUUUUACUUGGACAGUCAAAAUCUCUGUGUUUUCAUCAAUAAAAGAACUUUGUUCAAGGCUUCAUGCCCAUGCAAAUGACACUCUGGAAACCUCCCUACAUGCCAGGAUAACUUCUUUAGUUCAUGAGUUGUUUUACUCUGCAUCACCUAAGGUAGUCGAAUGUAUAAGCACAGUAAAGAUUGCCCAGGUUCACGUUGCGGCUGCAGAGUGUCUUCUUGAAAUGACACAGCUGUACAAAGCUCUUCCACCUGUGCAUCGGGCAGAAGUUGGAUUUAAAAAUGAGCUUUUGUAUCAGUGUGAAGUGGAAAAAAAGGAGCAGGCAAAAUCAUUGCUUAAGAAAUGUAUUGACAUCAUCGAUAGCAUGGAAACGAACAGCAUCCCGGCAUCUUGAGUUUACAUGCGUAUAUUAUGAAAGCUAAAUUGUCCAUUGCUGUUUGUAAGAAGCAGGUGAGUGCCACACGCUAUGCUGGGAAAAAUAUCACAAGAGUUUAUCUUAUGAUGAAGAAGAGAAGCUGUGGAGAGAUCGCAAAUUGAAUGGUUCAAAUUCAUCAGUUAGAGACUAGUUUACAAAAUUGUAAAAAACACAAAUGGUGGGUUGAUAUUACUUUGUAUUCAGAUGUGCUUGGAUUGGAGGAAUGGGGCAAAGCAUUUAAAGUUGUAGAUAAGGACUUCUUUCUUAAAAUUGGAAUUAUUGGUUAUCAGCAGGGAUCUACUUCUACAAUUUGAACUUUCUUUCAAUUCCAAUCCCAAUUCUAAAGCCCUAA